UGUUUAUGAUUAUGUCCCCGGAGGCAGCUUGUCGUCGCUUUUGCAUGGAAACAGAGGAGGGGAACGAACACCAGUUGACUGGGACACAAGACUCAAAAUUGCUCUUACAGCAGCAAAGGGCAUUGCUCAUAUUCAUACAAUGGGUGGUCCAAAGUUCACUCAUGGAAACAUCAAGGCCUCAAAUAUUCUCCUAAACCAAGAUCUCAAUGCUUCUGUCUCUGACUUUGGCCUUACCCCUCUUAUGAAUGUCCCAACUUCUCGAACUGCAGGUUAUCGUGCACCCGAGGUGAUCGAAGCUCGUAAACACACUCACAAGUCAGAUGUUUACAGCUUUGGCGUUCUUCUUCUCGAAAUGCUAACUGGAAAAGCUCCCCUCCAAUCACCUGGUCGUGACGAAAUGGUCGAUCUUCCUCGCUGGGUCCAAUCGGUCGUGAGGGAGGAAUGGACAGCUGAGGUUUUCGAUGUAGAGCUAAUGAGGUACCAGAAUAUUGAAGAAGAAAUGGUGCAGAUGUUGCAAAUAGCAAUGACUUGUGUAGCCAAGCUGCCCGACAUGAGACCGAACAUGGACGAAGUCGUUAGAAUGAUCGAAGAAAUACGGCAAUCCGACUCGGAGAACCGGCCGUCCUCCGAAGAGAACAAAUCCAAGGACUCAAAUGUGCAGACCCCAUGAAUUCUUUGAUUCAGAGAUUGUGUUUAUUUUCAUUAUUUUAGAAGGAACGGUCGAAAUUAGGAGCUAAGUUUGUACUUUGUAGAGUGUAUCUAAUUCUUAGUUUAAUUAGAGAUAUUUUAACCCCUUUUGUCAUGCUACGGGUGUACAUUGAAUUCGAAACUCCGAAGAUCAUACUAGACCAAACUUGAAUCAUUAGGGUUGAGUUGGGUUAUUUUUUUUAACCUAAUUGGUUCGAUUUGGGUAUCGUA